UACGACAGACGCGGAAGUAAACAAGCGAGCACAUGAAAAGAUGGACUGUGCGGAGUCAAAAAUAAAGUUUGACUCAAGGAAACAAGACAGAGGUGACAUUUUAAAUCGUUUCCAGUCGUGUUUUUUCGCUACCAGUCGCCUCGUUUCAUUCCCCUGGACGGUUUUAGAAAAGGACCUUGAACGCAGCAAAUCAUCUAAUGUCAUCUUAGAUAUCCUCAAACAGACGUGUCUUCACUCGCUCUGUCGGAAAUUUCCGCCAUCGCCGAGCUACAGGAAGUGCUUUCUCUCCGAGCUCAUUAGACGCAUGGAAGCUGCAGGGUGCGAACCUCUGGAUGAGCUCUACGACGCUCUGGCAGAGGUGGUGGCAGCCCAAGAGGUGGCAGAGGGAUACCGAACCUACUUAUUGCCGGGCGGGGACGCAGUCGGCUUGUUGGAGAGCGUGGCUUUGAUCUCUGAGGGGACGACGGGUCUGGUGACGUGGGAGGCGGCCCUCUACCUGGCCGAGUGGGCCUUGGGCCAUCCGCAGACCUUUGCCGGAAGGAAAGUUCUGGAGCUGGGCAGCGGUGCGGGUCUGACUGGCAUUGCCGUGUGUCGCUUGUGUGGACCGUCCUCGUACAUCUUCAGUGAUUGUCACCAAGGUGUCCUCCAGAGGCUCACACACAACUUGAGCAUCAAUGGACUCAACGACAAGACAAACAACACCAAGACUGAAGUCAGUGUGGAAGAACUGGACUGGAUGGACGUGACUGAGCAACGAUUGAAUGACAUCAGUGCAGACGUGGUCAUAGCAGCAGAUGUGGUGUACGACCCCGACGUGGUUGCGGUUCUGGUCCAGCUUCUGUCCAAGAUCCUGAGGCAGCGUGGUUGUCGGGUUCCCGCCGAGGUUUUCAUCUGCUCCACUGUGAGGAACCCGCGGACGUACGCUGGCUUCAAGCACAAUCUGAGUGAUGCUGGAAUUGGCCACCGGGUGAUGAGUGGCGCUGUCAAGCGCGUCUUUGAGUACAGCAGAGAAUCUGAAAUAGAGCUCGUCCAGUUGCUUGCGGGUCAAUAAAGUUUUUUAUUAUUUACAAAAGUGUCUGCUUUAAGGGAAUGUUCAGUAACAAUUCACCGUUGCUGUAAGUGUGGUUCGACUCCCUGUGCAUCAUGAAAAAGAAGAGGAGGAUGAGGAUAAGAGUGGGAGGACCUGUUGGUCCCAGUUGUCGUCCCAGCGCUUCCCCCGGCUGGCGUGGAGGUUCUUCCUGAAUGCGCGCAGCUUGCUGUCGUUGCUGGGGAAGUCUGACAGGAGAGUCUGGAAAUACAAAGUUAAAAUUACUCGUGGAUUAUUUUAAUUGUUUUGAAUGAAGUGAUUACGGUGCCACCUUGAGCUGCCGGGCCAACUGCGGGCCGUCUGAGAAGAUCAGACCGUUGUGCUCGUGCUUCACCAGCUCUUUUAGGCUGAGAGGGAACCAAGACCAUUCUUUUUGAUCAUUUGUUAUGCAUUUCAAAAAAAUGAAAGUGAAGCACCGGGAACAGCAUUCCAUUGCACUGUACAUUUUAGUACCAAACUCACCACAGGAAGUGGACGGCGCAGACGGGCAGGCAGCAUCCAAACAUGUCCACCACCUUCAUUGGCAGGUCCAGACCGCUGGAAGACUUGUGCAGGCACACGCCGAGGUCAGCACAACCUGAAAAUAAUAAUAAUAAUAUUAUUACUACUACCACUUUUCAUACGACCACCACUACUUUGACUACCAACACUUUUACUACUACUACAACCACUAACAUCAUCACACCUUUUAUUACCACUAGGGCUGCAGCUAUCAAAUAUUUCAGUACUGAGUAAUCUACCGGUUAUCUCAUUGAGUAAUCGAGUACAGUAGACCCCCCACAUCUUUUGUUUUUUUGGGACCUGAUUCUCCGCUUACGGGCGUUUUCUUCUCCACAUUUUGUUUAAUGGCAAUUAUAAUGAGCGUCAAUUAGCGCAAAUGACUGGGGUCCACUGUAACUAGAUAAAAGUUGAUUUUGCAUUAUUAAACAACACAUUGUUACACGUAAGGUGCAGGUUUUAUUUUUGUCCACUUGGGGUCGCCAUCCUCACG